UUCCUCACCGGAAGUGCGCUUUUGCCAAGAUGUCUGCUCCCGAGGAAGACACGUUUGCUGAAGAAGGAGGCGAGAUGGAGGAGAUGGACGACAAUGGCAGCGACGAGGACGAAGGAGUGGAGAUGGAGGAGGAAGGAGGGGACGAGAAGAAAGUCUACGUGCCCGGAAUUGAGCCACUUCAGCCGGGAGAGGAGCUGGAGAUGGACCGCUCUGCCUACCGCAUGUACCAUGAGUGUCAGACAGGGGCGCCUUGUCUAAGUUUCGACAUUAUCAAAGAUGGUGAUGGAGAAAAGAGGGAGCAGUAUCCUCUCUCAAUGCUUCUGUGUGCGGGAACCCAGGCUGAGACCGCAAUGGCCAACAGACUUCUGGUCAUGCGCAUGUACAAUCUUCAUGGAACUGAGCAAGAUAAUGAGGAGGAGGAGAGCAGUGACGAGGAAAGCGACGAGGAGGAUGAAGAUGCGGACAAAAAGCCUCAGAUGGAGCUGGCCAUGAUGCCUCAUUAUGGAGGCAUAAACAGAGUCAGAGUAACUCAGCGUGGCGAUCAGUCGCUGGCUGCUGUUUGGUCAGAAAAAGGACAAGUAGAAAUCUUUGACCUCCGACCUCAGCUGGAGGCAGUCCACAGCUCUGUUGCCAUGGCAGCUUUUUUUUCUCUCAAGCAACAGAAAGAAGCCGUGGCUCUUUUCAGUUUCUCAGGUCACAUGACUGAAGGAUUUGCUAUUGAUUGGUCCCCUGUUGUACCUGGUCGGCUUGUUAGUGGAGACUGUAACAAGAACAUCCAUGUUUGGGAGCCACAGGAAGGUGGCACUUCAUGGAAGAUUGACCAGCGACCCUUCAGCUCACACACCAAGUCUGUAGAGGAUCUGCAGUGGUCACCAACAGAAGCCACGGUUUUUGCCUCAUGCUCAGUGGAUCAGUCGAUCCGUAUUUGGGAUAUCCGUGCCCCGCCCAACUCCAUGCUUUCAGCCAAUGAAGCGCACACGUCAGACGUCAAUGUAAUCAGCUGGAACCAGAGCGAACCAUUUCUCCUGUCUGGAGGGGACGAUGGGCUUCUGAAAGUGUGGGACUUGCGACAAUUUAAGUCAGGGAAGCCAGUGGCCAACUUCAAGCAGCACAGUGCCCCCAUCACCUCAGUGGAGUGGAACCCUGUGGACUCUAGCGUGUUUGCAGCAUCUGGAGCGGAUGACGUGGUCAGUCAGUGGGAUCUGUCGGUGGAGUCAUGCGAUGUGGGAGCCAGGGCUGAGGGGAUGAAGGACCUGCCUCCACAACUGCUGUUCCUGCACCAGGGCCAGUCUGAGAUCAAGGAGGUUCACUGGCACCCUCAGCUGACGGGCACCAUGAUCUCCACCGCCCUGUCUGGAUUUAAUGUGUUUAGGACUAUAUCUGUGUGAAGUUUCAGCAAAGAAUUUUUCUAUUUUUGCAUCUCUUUGGAGAGCGACUUUCUGUUUGUUUGAGUGCGAGUGUGCGUGAUCAGCGUGUGUGAUUUUACAUUUGUCAGUACAGUUACUUUCUCAGUUAUUCACCACUGAUUUCGCUAUUUAGCCAACACUGACAAUUCAAUUUAUUAGUGGCACAAUACCUUCGCUUUGCCGGUGUCAUUCGCCUGCCAAUUAAGAUAUGCAUGUGUUGCAGUCUUUAGUAAGGGGUCUAUAGUGGUGGCCAGCACUCAAGUCUUCCUACUUCGUUUGAUAAAGGAAACGGAAGAAGUAUAGAUCAGACAGCCCAGCACGUACCAAGAAAUCUAGGAAGUCCUGAAUCUUUCAUCAAUUAUGUCAAAUAUUUUCAAUGAUUUUUAGAGUAAAAAGAGACAUGCAUAUCUGUGUACCCCAUACGGAAAGAAUUUUUGUGGAGAUACAAAGCAAGUUUCAGUUGACUUGUCACUUUUAGACUCAGAUAAUUCCUGUAAAUGACUACAUGUUUACACUAAAGAUAUGUAAAGACUGUCAGAGUUUGAAUGAUGAAGAUGUCAGUGUGAAUACACAUUUAUUGUGUACAGAAAUGUUUUCUAUUAGUUUUCUGUUUUGCUCUUUGUUUCUGAUGGAUGCAUCAUUUCCUUAAGCAUUGUAUGUUCACCAAUACGUGAGCGUCUUUUUGCAAGCACACUUAACCACAAUAAAAGAAGUUGAAUUUACUUGAGUUUCUCUUUUGCCGUUGAUAAUAUGCUGCUCUUUUGUGGAGUUGAGUAAAAUGCAGAUACUUCGGCCCCUCAGCUGUUGUGUCAUGUAAUAUACAGUAUAUAUAACUGAAAAGUGCUAAUAUUUGCUGAGAGAGCAAUAGCCAAUAAUACUACACUGAUACACUGAUAUCUUUGGUGUGCUGCUUGUUCCCUCUCUAGGAUUGCAGGUCCUAGCUAGGCUAGUUUCACUGUUCCAAAUCUAGAUUAUUUAAGUUUAAACAAGCAUUCUCAAAAGCACUGGUCUUAUUCUUGUUAGAUUCCACUGUGUGACUCUGUUGUGGUCUGGUGCUUCAGGUCUCAAGCAAGUAACAAGUAAUCACAUGCUUAUUGAAGCUCAGAAAUAACUAAUUCAGCUGACAACAGUGUGACAGUUGGGUCAUGUGAUUGUGUCUGCAGGGUUGCCACUGUAAUAUCUGGAAUAAAUCUUUCAUAUUUCAGAAUCUUUCACAAAUCUUUUGUGUACAUUUCAGCAAACAGUAUUUGGAAAUAUUUCAUUGAGCAAGCAGCAGUUUCCUUUUGUGAAUAAAUACUUGCACUUGUUUGAAAAUCUCAUUGUUUUAUUUUCUGUAAUUCUUAAACAUAUGUUUACAAGAUCAUUUGGUAUGUCAUCAUGUCUUAGCACAAUGUUGAAUCCCUGUAACAGCAUGACAAACAAGAAACUGUACAAGAAAAAACAAGAACCGUAAUGUUAUUUACAUCCCAGCAGCCACAAACAAAAUCUUUGGUAUGAAAACAUGCUAAAUAACCAAGCUGCUUUGCUUAGACAUAUCACAACUGACAUAGUCAGACACGGAAUGUGAAAAGUUCACAGUCGUUUUACAAGGUUUUGUGGUGAUUUCUAUAAAAGAAGU